AUGACUAUUGCCUUGCUGGGUUUUGCCUUUUUCUUGCUCCACUGUGUGACCUGUGAGAAGCCCCUAGCAGGGAUCAUCUCCUUUUCAGCUUGGCACUUCACCCACCCGCUUUACAACACCACGAUCUAUGAAAACUCUGCUCCAAAGACCUACGUGGAGAGCUCCAUGAAGAUGGGCAUCUACCUCGCGGAGCCUCAGUGGGCAGUGAAGUACAGGAUCAUCUCUGGGGAUGUGGCUAAUGUGUUUAAAACAGAGGAGUACGUGGUGGGCAACUUCUGCUUUCUGAGAAUAAGGACAAGAAGCAGCAACACUGCCCUUCUGAACAGGGAGGUGCAAGAUAGCUACACCCUCAUCAUCCAAGCCACAGAGAAGACCUUGGAGCUUGAAGCAUUGACCCGUGUGGUGGUCCACAUCCUGGACCAGAAUGACCUGAAACCCCUCUUCUCCCCACCUUCAUACAAAGUCACCAUCUCUGAGGACACACCCCUCAAGAGCCCCAUCUGCAAGGUGACUGCCACAGAUGCUGACCUGGGCCAGAACGCCGAGUUCUACUACACCUUUAAUACAAGGUCAGAGAUGUUUGCCAUCCAUCCCACCAGUGGCGUGGUGACUGUAGCUGGGAAGCUUAAUGUCACCUGGCGAGGGAAGUAUGAACUCCAGGUGCUGGCUGUAGACCGCAUGCGGAAAAUCUCGGAUGGCAAUGGGUUUGGCAACUUGGCUGCACUCAUCAUCCAGGUGGAGCCUGCCCUCCAGAAGCCCCCAGCCAUUGCCUCGGUAGUAGUGACUCCACCAGAGGGCAACGAGGCCACUACCUAUGCUACCGUAGUGGUGGAUGCCAACAGCUCAGGAUCUGACGUGGACUCAGUGGAAAUUGUUGGUGGUGAUCCUGGAAAGCACUUCAAAGCGAUCAAAUCUUAUGCCCAGAGCAAUGAGUUCAGUUUGGUGUCCGUCAAAGGCAUCAAUUGGAUGGAGCACCUUCAUGGAUUCAACCUCAGCCUCCAGGCAAGGAGCAAGAGCAGACCUGCAUUUUAUUCUCAGAUUCGGGGCUUUCACCUACCCCCUUCCAAACUGGCUUCCCUCAAAUUUGAGAAGGCUGUUUACAGAGUGAAGCUUAGUGAGUUUUCCCCUCCUGGCAGCCGUGUGGUGAUGGUGAAAGUAACCCCAGCCUUCCCCAACCUGCGCUAUGUUCUAAAGCCAUCCUCAGACAAUGCAGGGUUUAAACUUAAUGCUCACACUGGGAUGAUCACUACUACAAAGCUCCUGGACUUCCAUGACCAAGCCCACUACCAGCUACACAUCAAAACCUCACUAGGCCUGGCCUCCACCACAGUGGUCAUCGACAUAAUGGACUGUAACAAUCAUGCCCCCAUCUUCAACAGAUCUUCUUAUGCUGCCACCUUUGAUGAGAACAUUCCUCCAGGCACCAGUGUUUUGACUGUUACUGCCACAGACCAGGAUCAUGGGGAGAAUGGAUAUGUCACCUAUUCCAUUGCUAGACCAAAAGCCAUACCCUUUUCUAUUGACCCUUACCUGGGGAUCAUCUCUACCUCCCAAGCCAUGGACUAUGAGCUCAUGAAAAGAAUUUAUACCUUCCGGGUAUGGGCAUCAGACUGGGGAUCCCCAUUUCGCCGGGUGAAGGAAGUGUUCAUUUAUCUUAGGCUCAAUAACUUAAAUGACAACCAGCCUGUGUUUGAGGAAGUCAACUGCACUGUGUCUAUCCAUAAGGACUCACCAGUAAGGAGAUCGAUAAUGAACAUAUCAGCCAUAGAUGUGGAUGAGCUUCAGAAUCUGAAAUAUGAGAUAGUAUCUGGCAAUGAACUAGGGUAUUUUGAUAUAAAUCAUUUCUCUGGAGAGAUAUCCCUCAACCGUGCUUUUAUGAAUCGUACUGUUGGUCAACCCACCAACUAUUCCUUGCAAAUUACAGCCUCAGAUGGGGAAUACUAUGCCUUGCCCACCACUUUGAAUAUUACCGUGGUAAAGGACCCUCAUUUUGAGGUCCCUGUGACAUGUCAGAAAAGAGGAGUCUUGGCACAGAUCACAAAGACCAUCAUUCUCCACUCUGUUGGGCUUCAAAACCAGGAGUCCAAUGCUGAGGAGUUCACAUUCUUAAACACAUAUCAGAUCAAUCAUCACACCCCUCAGUUUGAGGACCACCUCCCCCAGUCUAUUGACAUCCUUGAGUAUGUUCCUGUCAAUACCCCCCUGGCCUAUCUGGCAGCCACUGACCCUGAUGCUGGCUUUAACGGAAAACUGGUCUACAUGAUUGCAGAUGGUAAUGAGGAGGGCUGCUUUGACAUUGAGCUGGAGACAGGGCUGCUCAGUGUGGCUGCUCCCUUGGACUAUGAAGCCAUCAGUUUCUUCAUCCUCAAUAUAACAGUGUAUGACCUAGGCACUCCCCAAAAGUCCUCCUGGAAGCUGCUGACAGUGAAUGUGAUAGACUGGAAUGACAAUGCACCCAGAUUCCCUCCUGGUGGGUACCAGGUAACUAUAUCAGAGGACACAGAAGUUGGGAGCACAAUUGCAGAGCUGAAAGCAAAAGAUGCUGACUCAGAGGACAAUGGGCGGGUCCGCUACACCCUGUUAAGUCCCACAGAGAAGUUCUCCCUCCACCCCCUCACUGGGGAACUGGUUGUCACAGGACAUUUGGACCGGGAAUCAGAAUCUCAGUAUAUACUCAAAGUGGAGGCCCGGGACCAGCCCAGGAAGGGCCACCAGCUCUUCUCUGUCACUGACCUGGUAGUCACAUUGGAAGAUGUCAAUGACAACUCUCCCCAGUGCUUCACAGAACUCAGCAGGCUCAAGGUCCCAGAGGACCUGCCCCCGGGAACUAUCCUGACAUUUCUGGAUGCCUCUGAUCCUGACUUAGGCCCUGCGGGAGAAGUGCAAUAUCUUCUGUUGGAUGAUAUCCAUGGGACCUUCCGGGUGGACCUGACAACUGGAGCACUCAGUCUGGAGAAAGAGCUGGACUUUGAAAGGCGGGCUGGCUACAAUCUAAGCCUGUGGGCCAGUGAUAGUGGGAAGCCUCUGGCCCGCAGGACCCUCUGCCACGUGGAGGUGAUAGUCCUGGAUGUGAAUGAGAAUCUCCAUCCUCCACGCUUUACCUCCUUCGUGCACCAGGGCCAGGUGCAGGAGGAUAGCCCCUUGGGAACCCAGGUGAUAGUAGUGGCUGCCCAUGACGAUGACAGUGGCUUGGAUGGGGAGAUCCAGUACUUCUUGCGGGCUGGUGUGGGCCUUGCAGCCUUCAGCAUCAACCAAGACACAGGAGUGAUUCAGACUAUGGCACCCCUUGACCGAGAAUUUAUAUCCUACUACUGGCUGACUGUACUAGCAGUGGACAGGGGCUCCGUGCCCCUCUCUUCGGUGACUGAAGUCUACAUUGAGGUUACAGAUGUCAAUGACAAUCCACCCCAGAUGUCCAGACCUGUGUUCUACCCCUCCGUCCGGGAGGAUGCACCCUUGAACACCUCUGUGCUUCACCUGGAUGCCUGGGACCCAGACAACAGCUCCAACGGGAAGCUGACCUUCAACAUCACCAGUGGGAACCAUAUGGGGUUCUUUGUUAUACAUCCUGUCACGGGUCUCCUUUUCACAGCUAGGAAGCUGGACCGAGAGAACAAGGAUGAACACAUCCUGGAGGUAACCGUGCUGGACAAUGGGGAGCCCCCCCUAAAGUCCACCUCCAGGGUGGUGGUGCGUGUCUUGGAUGUCAACGACAACCCACCUGUGUUCUCCCACAAACUCUUCAAUGUCCGCCUUCCAGAGAGGCUGAAGUUGGCGGCCCCUGGUCCUGUGUACAGGCUGGUAGCUUCAGACUUGGAUGAGGGUCUUAAUGGCAGGGUCACCUACACUAUAGAGGAGAGUGACGAGGAGGGCUUCAGUAUCGACCCAGUCACAGGCGUGGUGUCAUCCAGCAACACCUUUGCAGCUGGGGAGUACAACAUCCUAACAAUCAAGGCUACAGACAGUGGACAGCCACCGCUCUCAGCCAGUGUCAGGCUACACAUCGAGUGGAUCCUUCAGCCCCGGCCCUCCUCCAUACCCCUGGCCUUUGAGGAGACCCACUACAGCUUUACGGUCAUGGAGACGGACCCUGUGAACCACAUGGUGGGGGUCAUCAGUGUUGAGGGCCGUCCCGGCCUCUUCUGGUUCGACAUCUCAGGUGGGGAUACGGACAUGGACUUUGACAUUGAGAAGACCAUGGGCAGCAUCAUCAUCGCCAGGCCCCUCGAUACGCGGAGGAAGGCGAGCUACAACUUGACUGUGGAGGUGACAGAUGGGUCCCACGUCAUUGCCACCCAGGUCUAUAUUUUCAUGGUAGCCAACAUUAACCACCAUCGGCCCCAGUUUCUGGAGUCUCAUUAUGAGGUCAGAGUUCCCCAGGACACACUGCCAGGCGUUGAGCUGCUCCAAGUCCAGGCCACAGAUCAAGACAAGGGCAAGGGUCUCAUCUACACCAUACAUGGCAGCCAAGACCCCAGAAGUGCCAGCCUCUUCCAGCUUGACCCGAGCAGUGGUGUCUUGGUAACUGUGGGGAAACUGGACCUGGGCUCGGGGCCCUCCAAGCACACACUGACGGUUAUGGUUCGAGACCAGGAAAUGCUGAUAAAGAGGAACUUUGUGUGGGUGACCAUCCAUGUGGAGGAUGGAAACCUCCACCCACCCCACUUCACCCAGCUCCACUAUGAGGCAAGUGUCCCUGACACCACACCCCCUGGCACAGAUCUGCUACAGGUCCGAGCCAUAGAUGAGGACCGGGGAGCCAAUGCUGAGGUCUACUACUCUCUCCAGAAAGGGAACAGCGAGGGUUUCUUCAGGGUCAAUGCCCUACUAGGCAUCAUCACUGUAGCCCAGAAACUCAAUCAGGCAAAUCAUGGCCGGCACACUCUGACAGUGAAGGCGGAAGAUCAAGGCUCCCCACAGCGUCAUGACCUGGCUACAGUGGUCAUUCACGUCUACCCCUCACAUAGCAGUGCCCCCAUCUUUUCAAAAGCUGAGUACUUUGUAGAAAUCCCUGAAUUAAUUCCUGUUGGCUCCCCGAUCCUUCUUGUCUCAGCUACAAGCUACUCUGAAGUCACCUAUGAGUUAAGAGAGGGAAACAAGAAUGGUGUAUUUUCCAUGAACUCAUAUUCUGGCCUCAUCUCCACCCAGAAGAGCUUGGACCAUGAGAAAAUCUCAUCUUACCAGUUGAAAAUCCGAGGCAGCAAUAUGGCAGGUGCGUCAGCUGAUGUCAUGGUGCUUGUUUACAUAAUUGAUGAAAAUGACAAUGCACCCAUGUUCUCAAAGCUGACUUUUGUGGGCCAAAUUAGUGAAGCUGCCCCAUUGCACAGCAUGGUUAUGGAUGAGAACAACAGCCCCUUUGUGAUUCGUGCCACUGACAGUGACAAAGAAGCUAAUUCCUUGCUGGUCUAUAAAAUCUUGGAGCCAGAAGCCUCGAAGUUUUUCAAAAUUGAUCCCAGCAUGGGAACGCUGACCACUGUAUCAGAGAUGGAUUACGAGAGCACGCCUUCUUUCCAAUUCAGUGUCUAUGUCCAUGACCAAGGAAACCCCAUCUUAUUUGCACCCAGGCCUGCCCAGGUCAUUAUCAAUGUCAGAGACGUGAAUGACUCUCCUCCCAGGUUCUUAGACUCGAUAUAUGAAGUAGCAGUUGUCGGACCCACCCAUCAGGGAAUGGAACUCCUCGUGGUGCAGGCCAGUGACGAUGACUCAGAAAUCACUUAUAGCAUCAAAACUGGCAAUGCUGAUGAAGCUGUCACCAUCCAUCCCAUCACUGGCCUCAUAUCUGUACUGAAUCCUGCUUUCUUGGGACUCUCUCGGGAGCUCACCAUCAGAGCUUCUGAUGGCCUGUAUCACGACACUGCGCUGGUAAAAAUUACUUUGACCCAAGCCCUCAACACAAGCUUACAAUUUGAUCAGGAUGUCUACAGGGCAGCAGUAAAGGAGAACUUGCAGAACAGGAAGGCACUGGUGAUUCUUGGUGUCCAAGGCAAUCACUUGAACGAUACCCUUUCCUACUUCCUCUUGAAUGGCACAGAUAUGUUUUGUAUGAUCAGGUCAGCAGGUGUGUUGCAGACAAGAGGUGUGGCGUUUGACCGGGAGCAGCAGGACAUUCAUGAGGUGGCUGUGGAAGUGAGAGACAAUCGGACCCCUCAGCGGGUGGCUCAGGCUGUGGUCAGAGUUUCUGUUGAGGAUGUCAAUGACAAUCCCCCUGAAUUUCAGCAUCUGCCCUACUACACCAUCAUCCAAGAUGGCACAGAACCAGGGGAUGUCCUGUUUCAGGUAUCUGCCACUGAUCAGGACUUGGGGGUAAGUGGGGUUGUCACAUAUGCAUUUGCAGAAGAUUACACAUAUUUCCGAAUUGACCCCUACCUUGGGGACAUAUCACUUAAAAAACCCUUUGAUUAUAAAGCUUUAAAUAAGUAUCGCCUCAAAGUCAUUGCUCGGGAUAGAGGAACCCCAUCCCUCCAGAGUGAGGAAGAGGUCCUUGUCACUGUGAGAAAUAAAUCCAACCCUUUGUUUCAGAGUCCUUACUACAAAGUCAGAGUACCUGAAAAUAUUACACUCUAUACCCCAAUCCUCCACACCCAGGCCCGGAGCCCAGAGGGACUCCGGCUCAUCUACAACAUUGUAGAGGAAGAGCCCUUGAUGUUGUUCACCACUGACUUCAAGACUGGUGUCCUAACGGUGACAGGACCUUUGGACUAUGAGUCUAAGACCAAACACAUAUUCACAGUCAGAGCCACAGAUACAGCUCUGGGGUCAUUUUCUGAAGCCACAGUGGAAGUCCUGGUUGAGGACAUCAAUGAUAACCCUCCCACUUUCUCCCAAUUGGUCUACACCACUUCAGUCUCAGAAGGCUUGCCUGCUCAAACCCCUGUGAUCCAACUGUUGGCUUCUGACCAGGACUCAGGGCAGAACCGUGAUGUCUCCUAUCAGAUUGUGGAGGAUGGGUCGGAUGUUUCCAAAUUCUUCCAAAUCAAUGGGAGUACAGGAGAAAUGUCCACAGUUCAAGAGUUGGAUUAUGAAGCUCAACAACACUUUCACGUGAAGGUCAGGGCCAUGGAUAGAGGAGACCCUCCACUCACUGGUGAAACCCUUGUGGUUGUCAAUGUUUCUGACAUCAAUGACAACCCCCCAGAGUUCCAGCAACCCCAGUAUGAGGCCAAUGUCAGUGAGCUAGCAACCUGUGGACACUUGGUUCUCAAAGUCCAAGCUCUUGACCCUGACAGCAGGGACACCUCCUGCCUGGAGUAUCUGAUUCUUUCUGGCAAUGAGGACCGGCACUUCUCCAUUAAUAGUUCAUCAGGAAUCAUUUCGAUGUUCAACCUUUGCAAAAAGCACCUGGACUCUUCUUACAAAUUGAGGGUAGGUGCUUCUGAUGGGGUCUUCCGAACAGUUGUGCCAGUGUAUAUCAACACUACAAAUGCAAACAAGUACAACCCAGAGUUCCAGCAGCAUGUUUAUGAGGCAGAAUUAGCAGAAAAUGCAAAGGUGGGAACCAAGGUUAUCGAGUUGCUAGCCAUAGACAAAGAUAGUGGUCCCUAUGGCACUGUAGAUUAUACCAUCAUCAACAAACUAGCAGGUGAGAAGUUCUCCAUAAACCCAAGUGGCCAGAUCACCACUCUGCAGAAACUAGAUCGGGAAAACUCAACAGAAAGAGUCAUUGCUAUCAAGGUCAUGGCUCGGGAUGGAGGAGGAAGAGUGGCCUUCUGCACUGUGAAGAUCAUCCUCACAGAUGAAAAUGACAACCCUCCACAGUUCAAAGCAUCUGAGUACACUGUGUCCAUUCAGUCCAAUGUCAGUAAGGACUACCCAGUCAUCCAGGUGCUGGCCUAUGAUGCAGAUGAAGGUCGGAAUGCAGAUGUCACUUACUCAGUGGACUCAAUGGAGGACCUGGCUGAAGAGGUUAUUGAGGUCAACCCAACCACUGGUGUUAUCAAGGUGAAAGAGAGCCUGGUGGGAUUGGAAAACCGAGCGUUUGACUUCAAAAUCAAAGCCCAAGAUGGGGGCCCUCCUCACUGGGACUCACUGGUACCAGUACAACUUCAGGUGGUUUCUAAUGAAGCACCCUUGCCCAAAUUUUCUGAGCCCCUGUAUACUUUCUCUGCAUCUGAAGAUCUUCCAGAAGGUUAUGAUAUUGGCCUUGUUAAAGCAGUGGCUGCUCAAGAUCCAGUCAUCUACAGUCUAGUGCAGGGCACCACACCAGAGAGCAACAAGGAUGGUGUCUUCUCCUUGGACCGAAACACAGGGGUCUUAAAGGUGAGGAAGGCCAUGGACUAUGAGUCCACCAAGUGGUACCAGAUUGAUGUCAUGGCACAUUGCUCCCAUAAGGACACUGACUUGGUCUCCUUGGUCUCCAUUAACAUCCAAGUGAAGGAUGUCAAUGACAACAGGCCUAUUUUUGAGGCUGAUCCAUAUAAGGCCUUCCUCACUGAGAAUAUGCCAGUAGGGACCACAGUAAUUCAAGUGACUGCCAAUGACCAGGACACUGGGAGUGAUGGCCAAGUGAGCUACAGACUGGCAGUGGACCCUGGUAGCAAUGUCCAUGAGCUCUUUGCCAUUGACAGUGAGAGUGGCUGGAUCACCACCCUCCAGGAACUUGACAGCGAGACCCGCCAGACCUACUGCUUUUAUGUGGUGGCCUAUGACCAUGGCCGGACCCUCCAGCUGUCUUCUCAAGCACUGAUCGAGGUUUCCAUCACAGAUGAGAAUGACAAUGCUCCCCGAUUUGCUUCUGAAGACUACAGAGGAUUCGUGGUUGAGAAUAGUGAACCUGGUGAACUUGUGGCCACCCUGAAGACUCUGGAUGAUGAUAUCUCUGAGCAGAACAGACAGGUCACCUGCUACAUCACAGAGGGCGACCCUCUAGGCCAGUUUGGCAUCAGCCAAGUGGAGGAUGAGUGGAGGAUUUUCUCAAGGAAGACCCUGGACCGCGAGCUUGUGGCCAAGUACUUGCUCAGCGUUACAGCCUCUGACGGCAAAUUCCAGGCUUCAGUCCCCGUGGAGAUCUUUGUCCUGGACAUCAAUGAUAACAGCCCCCAGUGCUCACAGCUUCUCUAUGCCGGCAAAGUAAGUGAAGAUGUAGCUCCGGGACAUUUCAUUCUGAAAGUUUCUGCAACAGACUUGGACACUGACGCCAACGCUCAGAUCACGUAUUCUCUCCAUGGUCCCGGGUCCGAGGAGUUCAAGCUGGACGCCUAUUCAGGGGAGCUGACCACGCUUACAGCGUUAGACCGUGAGAAGAAGGAUGUGUACAACCUUGUUGCCAAGGCAACAGAUGGAGGCGGCCGGUCAUGCCAGGCAGAUGUGACCCUCCACGUGGAGGACGUGAAUGACAAUGCCCCACGGUUCUUCCCCAGCCACUGUUCUGUGGCUGUCUUCGACAACACCACAGUUAAGACCCCCGUGGCUGUGGUAUUUGCCCGGGAUCCUGACCAGGGCACCAAUGCCCAGGUGGUUUACUCUCUGACGGGAUCUGCCCAAGGCCACUUUUCCAUUGAGGCUACCACGGGCGUGAUCAGGCUGGAGAAGCCUCUGCGAGACAGGCCACAGGCUGUGCUGGAGCUCACGGUCCGUGCCUCUGACCUGGGCACCCCGACACCCCUCUCCACGCUGGGCACCGUCACAGUCUCCGUGGUGGGCCUGGAAGACUACCUGCCUGUCUUCCUUAGCACCGAGCACAACGUGCGGGUGCCUGAGAACGCCCAUCCCGGCACAGAGGUGCUGCAUCUGGCCACCCUCACUCGGCCGGGCGCUGAGAAGACAAACUACCGCAUCGUCAGUGGGAACGAGCAGGGCAGGUUCCGCCUGCAUGCUCACACAGGGAUCCUAUAUGUCAACAGGAGCUUGGACUUUGAGACAAGCCCCAAGUACUUCCUGUCCAUCGAGUGUAGCCGGAAGGCCUCUUCCUCCCUCAGUGACAUGACCACAAUCGUGGUCAACAUCACUGAUGUCAACGAACACCAGCCCAGGUUCCCCCAGGACCUGUACAGCGUGAGGGUCUUGGAGAACGCCAUCGUGGGGGACAUCAUCCUCACAGUGACAGCAACCGAUGAAGAUGGACCCCUCAAUAGUGUCAUCACCUAUAGCCUGGUAGGAGGGAACCAGCUUGGGCACUUCACUGUCCACCCCAAGACAGGAGCCCUACAGGUGGCCAAGGCCCUGGACUGGGAGCAGACUUCUAGCUACUUGCUGAGGCUCCGAGCCACAGACAGUGGACAGCCCCCACUCCAUGAGGACACAGAUAUCGACAUCCAAGUGGUUGAUGUCAACGAUAAUUCGCCUAGAUUCUUCCAGCUCAACUACAGCACCACCGUCCAGGAAAACUCCCCAGUCGGCAGCAAAGUCCUGCAGCUGAUCCUGAGUGACCCGGACUCCCCAGAGAAUGGCCCCCCCUACUCAUUCCGAAUCACCAAGGGGAACAUCGGCUUUGCCUUCCACGUGACCCCAGAUGGGUGGCUGGUAACCACUGCGGGCCUGAGCAGGAGGGUACAGGAAUGGUAUGAGCUUCAGAUCGAGGUGUCAGACAGCGGUGUCCCUCCCCUCUCCUCUUUGACAUCUGUCAGCGUCCAUGUCACAGAACAGAGCCACUACCCACCCUCUGCCCUCCCUCUGGAGAUCUUCAUCACCAUUGGAGAGGAGGAGUUCCAGGGUGGCAUGGUGGGGAAAAUCCAUGCCACCGACCGAGACCCCCAGGACACGCUGACCUACAGCCUGGCAGGAGAGGAGACCCUGGGCAGGCACUUCUCAGUGGGUGCCCCUGAUGGCAAGAUUAUCGCCGCCCAGGCACUGCCUCGUGGUCGCUACUCGUUCAACAUCACCGUCAGUGAUGGAACAUUCACUGCCACUGCUGGGGUCCAUGUCCAUGUGUGGCAUGUGGGCAGGGAGGCUCUGCAGCAGGCCAUGUGGAUGGGCUUCCACCAGCUCACCCCAGAGGAGAUGGUUAGUGACCACUGGCGGAACCUGCAGAGGUUCCUCAGCAACAAGCUGGGCAUCAAACGAGCCAACAUCCACUUGGCCAGCCUUCAGCCUGCAGAGGGCAUGGCUGGUGUAGAUGUGCUCCUGGUCUUUGAGGAACAUUCUGGAACCUUCUACAAGCUCCAGGAGCUGGCAUCCAUCAUCACUCGCUCGGCCAAGGAGAUGGAGCACUCAGUGGGAAUUCAAAUGAGGUCAACCAUGCCCGUGCUGCCCUGCCAGGGGCCAAGCUGCCAGGGGCAAAUCUGCCAAGAGACAGUGUACCUGGACCCCAAGGUUGGACCCACAUACAGCACAGCCAGGCUCAGCAUCCUGACCCCGCGACAUCGCCUGAAGAAGAACUGCUCCUGCAAUGGUACCGCUGUGAGGUUCAGUGGUCAGAGCUAUGUGCGUUACCAUCUCCCAGAGACCCAGAACUGGCACAUCAGUUUCCGUCUGAAAACGUUCCAGCCACAGGCCAUUGUGCUGUUCGCCAAUGGGACAGUGUCCGUCUUCCUAAGGUUGGUUGAUGGAGUGCUCCAGCUGGAAUACCGAUGCCCAGGUGGUUUCCAUGGAAACCUUUGUUCCUGGCGCCCUGUGAAUGACCAAGAGUGGCACUCCAUCCAGCUGGAGAAGACAUCCACCUCCACUCGCCUGUGGGUUGAUGGUGCAGUCAACAACUCCCUUGUGCUCCCAGAAAACUGCCAGGGCCUAGGGCCUAAAAGAGACCUUUUGCUGGGCAACCUUGUCCCCUUGCAGUCUUCCCAAAAUGUCUCCCAGGGCUUUGAAGGCUGUCUGGAUGCUGUCAUGGUCAACGGAGAGGCACUGGAGCUGCUAGUCCAUGGCAAGAAGGUGGCCCGCUUGCUGGAGAAGCAGGCCCUUACCCAGUGUUGCCCCCUCAGUGAUGACUGCAGCCAGAACCCAUGCCUCAAUGGUGGGAAGUGUUCCCAGACCCAUGGAGCAGGCUAUGUCUGCAAGUGUCCUCCACAGUUCUCUGGGAAGCACUGUGAAGAAGGAAGGGAAAACUGCACGUCUAUACCCUGCCUGGGAGGUGGUACCUGCAUCUCCUCCCCGAAAGGAGCUUCCUGUAACUGCCCUUACCCUUACACGGGAGACAGGUGUGAAAUGGAGGCAAGAGGUUGCUUGGAAGGACACUGCCUGGUCACUCCUGAGAUUGAAAGAGGGGACUGGUGGCAGCAGGUGAUACUGAUCACCACAGGGGUAGUAUCAUCCAUCUUUUUCAUUGGGAUCAUUGUUGUGCUCCUCCUCUACUGCCGCCAUCGCAAGUCUCACAAGCCCAUAGCCAUGGAGGACCCAGACCUCCUGGCCAGGAGUGUUGGUGUUGACACCCAAGCCAUGCCUGCCAUUGAGCUCAACCCCCUGAGCACCAGCUCCUGCAAUGACUUGAAUCAAGAAGAGCCCAGCAAGGCUUCAGUCCCGAAUGAACUUGUCACCUUUGGACCCAGCUCUAAACAACGGCCAAUGGUCUGCAGUGUGCCUCCCAGACUCCCACCUGCUGCGGUUCCUUCUAACUCUGACAAUGAGCCCAUCAUCAAGAGGACCUGGUCAGGAGAGGACAUGGUGUACCCCGGUGGAGCUGCAGUCUGGUCCCCUACUUACUCCAGGAAGGAACGCUGGGAGUACCCCCACACUGAAGUGACCCAGGGCCCUCUGCCGCCCUCACCUCACCGCCAUCCAACCCCAGCCAUGAUGCCAGAACCCAUUGGUCUCUAUGGGGGCUUCCCCUUCCCACUGGGACUGGAAAGCAAGCGGGCCCCCCUCCCACCCCGUUACAGCAACCAGAACCUGGAAGAUCUUAUGCCCCCACGGCCCCCUAGCCCCCGGGAGCACCUGCUCGACCCCUGUCUCAACGAGUACACAGCCAUCAGCUACUACCACUCCCAGUGUCUGCAGGGAGGGGGAGGGCCCUGCCUGGCAGAGGGGGGCUACAAGGGAGUGAGCAUGCGGCUCAGCCGUGCUGGGCCCUCUUACGCUGACUGUGAGGUGGGGGGUGGGACUUCCACAGGCCGGAGCCAGCCCCAUGCACCCCCCCACUAUGAGGGCUCUGACAUGGUGGAGAGUGACUACGGGAGCUGUGAGGAGGUCAUGUUUUAG